AACCUUCGUACUUUGUGUCCAGCAGCUAGUAGCAUGUGAAUUAAUGCCAGCAUAAGCUGCCUCUUCAGAAAAGUCUCUACCCUGACACCAAGCUAUGGGGCGAACAGUGGCAAUUAUUGGGGCAGGGGUGAGUGGGCUGGUCUCUCUCAAAUGCUGCCUGGAGGAAGGACUGGAGCCUACCUGCUUUGAGAAGAAUGAUGUCAUCGGGGGACUUUGGCAAUUCACAGAAAUUCCUGAAAAGGGAAGGACCAAUGUUUACAGAUCUGUGGUGACCAAUACAUCCAAGGAAAUGACCUGCUUCAGGGACUUCCCAUUUCCAGAAAGUUGUCCUAACUAUCUGCACCACUCCAUUUUUCUGGAGUACCUCAAGGAUUAUGCUAAACAUUUCCACCUUCUGGACUGCAUCCAGUUUAAGACUAUGGUAUACAGCAUCAGAAAACAUCCAGAUUUCAUAACUACUGGACAAUGGGUAGUUUAUACUGAGACUAAUGGGCAACAGGCACCAGCCAUCUUCGAUGCAGUUAUGAUUUGCAGUGGCCAUUAUGCAGAAGUUAAUCUACCCCUAGAUUCUUUUCCUGGAUUGGAAAACUUUAAAGGCCAUUACAUGCAUAGCUGGGAAUACAGAGAUGAAAAAGGGUUGGAGGGUAAAAAGGUUCUGGUAGUUGGUGCUGGAAACACUGGAGGGGAUGUUGCUGUGGAAGUGAGCCGCACAGCUGCCAAGGUCUUUCUCAGCACCAGAAAUGGAGCAUGGGUGGUGAGUCGCAUGUCAAAAGCUGGCUGGCCUUCUGAUAUGGUCUUCCAAACUCGAUUUCUGAACUCCAUUCAAAGGUUUCUUCCUGCAGGCAUUAUGAACGACUUAUUGGCAAAGAAAUUCAACCAAUGGUUUGAUCAUAAGAAUUACGGAUUGAUCCCUAUUAAAAGCUCAUUGACAUGUGUGGUUUUAAAUGACGAACUGCCCAGCUGCAUCCUCUGUGGUUCAGUAGUUGUAAAGCCAAAUGUAAAGAAGUUUGCUGAGACUUCUGCCAUAUUUGAAGAUGGAACUGUAGAAGAAAACAUAGAUGUGGUCAUUUUUACUUUACCUUAUACUGCUUCAUUUCCCUUCCUGGAAGAAUCUCUUCGUAGUGUUUGCAAAAGCAGUACAUUUCUUUAUCAACAGAUAUUCCCUCCACACCUGGAGAAGCCCACACUUGCCUUUAUAGGCUUUAUAUCAGUAAUGGGAUCUAUUCUACCAGCAGUGGAACUUCAGGCUCGCUGGGUUACAAGACUGUUUAAUGGUAAGGCUAAUCUAUAAACAGCAAUGUUUUGUAAGCUGCCUCCAGUGAACAGAAUGAUGAAUGAAAUUGCUAAGCAGAAGAAAAGGCUCCUUAAAAAGGGUACUUCCAGCACAGAGAAAGAAAAGACAUUGUUUAUUCGCUACAUGGAUGAAAUUGCGGUUUGCAUAGGAGUUAAGCCCAACGUGCCAUUGCUCUUACUACAGGACCCCACGGCUUUGAAGAUCUUCUUUGGUCCUUGUACCUCUUACCAGUAUCACCUUUGUGGACCUAAUAAGUGGGAGAAAGCUAGAAAUGCCAUUCUGACUCAGUGGGACCGUGUUCUCAAGCCCCUGAAGACUCGGGCCAUAGACAACUCUUCAAAACACACCAUGCCAUCCUUUUGGGAAAAAAUCUUUAGCUUGUCUACAUUCUUUGUAGCUGCUGCACUCAUAUUUAUAUACUUCUGUACUCAUUUUAUACUGGAUUAAGAAACAGCUAGGUAUCACAUACACACUA